ACGGCUUAAUGUGACGACGAUGAAGAUGGCUGCUGCGUUCAUCGUCUCUGCGCUUCUCAUCUGCAGUUCCUUCACCUCCUGCACAGAAACACCAGAUGCUGAUUGUGAACAGUUUGCUCCAGCAGGGGGCAACUUCACGGUGCUCCUUCCAGUCAAACUGGACGCCACGGACAGAUUAAUGUGGAAACGUAACGGUGAAAACAUAUUCAGAAGACAUGGAGAGUUGAUGAUCUUAGGGAAGGUUGAGGACGUCUCUGAGGACGGAUCUCUGAGGCUGAGGCAGGUGACAAAGGAAAUGGAGGGGACUUACGAGGCCGAGGUCUACACUCAAGACGGGAAAUCACGCGGGAUGUUCCAAAACGUCCUGUGUGUGCAAGAUGCUGAUUGUGAACAGUUUGCUCCAGCAGGGGGCGACUUCACGUUGCACCUUCCAGUCAAACUGGACGCCACGGACAGAUUAAUGUGGAAACGUAACGGUGAAAACAUACUUAGAAGCCAUGGAGAGUUGAUGAUCUUAGGGAAGGUUGAGGACGUCUCUGAGGAUGGAUCUCUGAGGCUGAGGCAGGUGACAAAGAAAAUGGAGGGGACUUACGAGGCCGAGGUCUACACUCGAGACGGGAUAUCACGCGGGACGUUCCAAAACGUCCUGUGUGUGCAAGAUGCUGAUUGUGAACAGUUUGCUCCAGCAGGGGGCGACUUCACGGUGCACCUUCCAGCCAAACUGGACGCCACGGACAGAUUAAUGUGGAAACGUAACGGUGAAAACAUAUUCAGAAGACAUGGAGAGUUGAUGAUCUUAGGGAAGGUUGAGGACGUCUCUGAGGAUGGAUCUCUGAGGCUGAGGCAGGUGACAAAGAAAAUGGAGGGGACUUACGAGGCCGAGGUCUACACUCGAGACGGGAUAUCACGCGGGACGUUCCAAAACGUCCUGUGUGUGCAAGAUGCUGAUUGUGAACAGUUUGCUCCAGCAGGGGGCGACUUCACGUUGCACCUUCCAGCCAAACUGGACGCCACGGACAGAUUAAUGUGGAAACGUAACGGUGAAAACAUAUUUAGAAGACAUAGACAGUUGAUAAUCUUAGGGAAGGUUGAGGACGUCUCUGAGGACGGAUCUCUGAGGCUGAGGCAGGUGACAAAGGAAAUGGAGGGGACUUACGAGGCCGAGGUCUACACUCAAGACGGGAAAUCACGCGGGACGUUCCAAAACGUCCUGUGUGUGCAAGAUGCUGAUUGUGAACAGUUUGCUCCAGCAGGGGGCGACUUCACGGUGCUCCUUCCAGUCAAACUGGACGCCACGGACAGAUUAAUGUGGAAACGUAACGGUGAAAACAUAUUCAGAAGACAUGGAGAGUUGAUGAUCUUAGGGAAGGUUGAGGACGUCUCUGAGGACGGAUCUCUGAGGCUGAGGCAGGUGACAAAGAAAAUGGAGGGGACUUACGAGGCCGAGGUCUACACUCGAGACGGGAUAUCACGCGGGACGUUCCAAAACGUCCUGUGUGUGCAAGGUAACUACACAAACGCCUCUCCCUAAAGCCUGGCUCACACUGCGGGAUAAUUGGGCCGAUUUGAGCUCCGAUUCUUCCUUCCCGACAAUCGCAGGGUUGCUCCCGACUCCAGGCUGCUCGGACCCGAUUAUCUGCUCAGAUUAUCUUGUAGUGUGAGCGGUACAAAGAUCCAAUCUUAACGUCCCUGAUCUGUCUGGCGAUCGUCGGGGACGCCCUGAUUUAUUUCAAACAUGUUUGAUAUUUAGAAUUUCAAAUCUUGACGUUAACUUCAGGAAAAAGGUCCGGCAGAAGUUGUGUGUGACUACAUUAUAAUCACAAGAGACAAGGGAGGACUGUAGUCAUGGCGACCAGCGGCAGGACGCAACCUGGCUUUUUUUUUUACUUUUACAAACACAUAAAGUUCAACUACCUUUACCAAUGCGAUGUAGUGUGUUUCCUUUGUGUUUAUCAAUAUUUAUAUGCACUU